CAGCUGAGAUCUGAUGCUUCCCGCCGUCACCAUGGAAACGGAGGCGAGUCACAUGCUGGAGGCGGCGCUGGAGCAGAUGGACGACAUCAUCGCAGGUUCGAAAGCGGCGGCUGUGGAGUUUUCUAGCAGCAUGUACGACCUGGGUUCCCCCAUCAGCGCCGGCCCGCUGCAGGUCGUUCAGCUGGCGGAGGACCUCAAACUCGCCUUGGAGCUUCAACCCAACCAGGAGGACAGAGACAGCCUGAGAGCUCAGCUCCCCUCAGAGACCGCUCAGGCGCUCAUCGACUGGCUGCAGACCGGAGCUGUGAACCUCUGUUCCCCAGCCAACAAUGAAACCUACCAAGAACGACUGCUACGCCUAGAAGGAGACAAGGAGUCUCUGGUGCUACAGGUGAGCGUCCUGACCGACCAGGUGGAGGCUCAAGGAGAGAAGAUCCGAGACCUGGAAACUUCUCUGGAGGAACACCGGCAGAAACUGGCCUCCACGGAGGAGAUGCUGCAGCAGGAGCUCAUGAGCAGGACUUCUCUGGAGACCCAGAAGCUGGAUCUGAUGGACGAGGUGUCGUACCUCAAACUGAAGCUGGUCAGCAUGGACGAGACGCACACCAACGCACACCCGCAAGAUCCCGUGGACAAAGAGCAGAACAAAGCCGAGUGUGUGGUAAAUUUCAUCAGCGAGCUUCAGGAGCAGAUGUGCAGGUUUCAGGAGGAGAUCAGCACUCGUAUCCAGGAGAAACGGGCCCUGGAGGAGAGAGAGGCCGCUCAGCAGCAGGGGGAGCCCGGAGGCGGCCAAGCCCGGGGCCACCACGGCCCUCAGGUCGGGUCGGCCGGCUCACACCUGAGCCCGCCCGGCUCUGACGCCCAGACGAUGCACAAUGGAGGACAGACUGUACACGAUCUGCUACAUGAGGUGAAGCAGCUGAAGAGCAAAGUGGAGGCGCUGGAAGGCGAGAAGGGCCAGUACGAGAGGAAACUACGAGGCACGAAGGCAGAAAUCUCCGAGCUGCAGCAGCUCUUGGCCUCCAAAGACGCCGAGAUCGAAUGCCUGCAGACCCAGCUGCUGGCGAGGGGCAGCACAGCCAAUGACAACGCAGAGAGAGACCAAGAGUACCAGAGGCUGAAGGUGGGGAUGGAGUCGUUGUUAGCUUCCAAUGAUGAGAAGGAUCGACGUAUAGAGGAGCUGACCAUCCUGCUCGGACAGUACAGAAAGAUGAGGGAAGUCAUGGCUCUCACUCAGGGGAGUAGUGAAGAGGAGCUGAGCGGCAGCUUAAGACUCAGAGCCAUCACACACAAAGCACACUCUGAUAUCCUCAGGUCAGAGAUUUCAUCAAGAGGUUCUUCACCGCUCAUGUUGAGCUCGUCUCCUUACCAGAGAGACUUGGACUCCAGUAUCCAGAACUGUAUGGACACGUCGCUGGUGUCCGCCGGCGACACGAGCUUCUUUAAUGGAUCGUGGCAUCAGCGCCGGUUGCUGUCCAGCAGUCUUGAAGAGUUGCAGAGCGGAUCGUUACAAAAGGCUGUAGAGAUCCAGCCAGUUGAAAGUGAAUCAGACGUAGGGGGAGAGAAUCCACUUAUGGAGCUGAGCAAGUACCAGACGCUGCCGGGCAAACGGAGUAAAAAGAGCGAGCUGAGGGCCGAGCUGAACGGCGACGGAGACAUCGACGGAGAGUAUUUCUCUCCCGUCCAGCUCUCUCCUGUCCGCGGCCACGACCAGGACUACAGUCUCAGACGUCCAGAGAAGCAAGAGGAGAGCGUCCUGUCCGAUCAGUCGCCUCUGUCCUCUGGAGUGGACUCUGGACAGCAGUCGCCCGUCUCACCGGAGAACAGGAAGACUCACAGAGGCAUCAAGAAACUCUGGGGGAAGAUCCGUCGCAGCCAGUCAGGUAGUCCUGCCCAGGUUCACGACCCCGAGCUGGGGGAGUUCAAGAGGGGAGGAUUCAGAGCUACAGCUGGACCAAGACUGGCCCGUUCAGAGAACACAAGAGACCCGAAGUUGCCUUUUUCCAAGUGGAACACCGAGCAGGUGUGCGACUGGCUCGAGGAAAUCGGAAUCGGUCAGUACGGCAUCCUCGCUCGGCACUGGGUCACCAGCGGUCAGACGCUACUGACGGCGACUUCGCAAGACCUGGAGAGAGAGCUCGCGAUGAAGAAUCCGCUCCACAGGAAGAAGCUGCAGUUGGCGAUCAAGACGUUCAGCGGCAAACAGCCCGGGAAGUCCGCGGAGCUCGAUUACAUCUGGGUCACUCGUUGGCUUGACGACAUCGGCCUUCCUCAGUACAAAGACCAGUUCAAUGACAGCAGAGUGGACGGGCAGGUGCUGCAGUACCUCACUGUGAAUGACUUGUUAUUCCUCAAAGUGACGAGCCAGCUGCAUCACCUCAGCAUCAAGUGCGCCAUCCACGUCCUCCACGUCAGCAAGUUCCACCCAAACUGCCUCAAACGCCGGCCGGGCAACGAGAACCAGUUCACUCCCAGUGAGGUCGUCCAGUGGUCCAACCACCGAGUCAUGGAGUGGCUGAGAUCUGUGGAUCUGGCCGAGUACGCGCCGAACCUGAGAGGCAGCGGCGUGCACGGAGGGCUAGUCAUGCUCGAGCCUCGGUUUAACUCGGACACGCUGGCCAUGCUGUUGAACAUCCCUCCUCAGAAAACGCUGCUGAGACGCCACCUGACCACCAACUUCAACAACCUGGUGGGAGCACAAGCUCAGCAGGAGAAGAGGGAGUACUCCGAGGCGGCGGGGUACGCCCCACUCAGCAUCACGGCUAAAGUCAAGCCGAAGAAGUUGGGCUUCUCUAACCUGACUCACCUCCGGCGGAGACGGACGGACGAAUCCACGGACUACGUCUGUCCCAUCGAGUCGUCCUCGCCUCAGUCGGGCCAAUCCGCGGCGAAUGGCGUCCAGGUGCGGCCGUACUCCGGCUUCAGAGGCCUGAGCCCCAUCCUGGACCGAGAGUCCGACCGAACCAGGGACCAGAUGGCGAUCACGGAGGGUACCAUGUUGCAAAUAGAAGCUCUGUCUGAAAGCAUCAACAACCUCACAUACCUGCUCAGCCAAGACGAGCUGCGAAAGGAGCUGAGGCGGUCUCAGACGGCGCUAGUUUGAAGGACAAUGACCCCGACGCCGCUGGCUCACUAAUGCUGUCGAUCAACCACAACCAAUCAGACACCUGUUCUGUACGCCAAGCCCCGGCCUAACACUGCAGCGUGGAGCUGCGACGUCUAGCCGCUGAUACCUCAUGUAACACCUCCAAACACUGUGGACCUUGAGAACAAUCAUCAAGGGUUGCUUAAUUCAAUACUGAACUGUUAACUGUUUUGUUUUUUUACAGCUUUCAUUGUUUCCCUAUGCAACAUCCCCUCUAAUGACCACACUGACCACUGUGUGCUGCAAACUGGUGCUGAUAUAUCAAAGAGG